AGGGGGUCCAGCGAAGAAGAAAUACUUGACAGCCAAAACGGCAAAUCUGGUGGACCAAUUUAAAUGUCCAGCAGGCAGAAGAGGGAGCGACGACAACCUUCCCCGAUUACGUUUUGAUACGAAUAAGCUUUUUCCCGUCUCCUGUCCACCUCCAGUCCUUAAAUUUAAAGAACGAUGAGUCAGCGCCGAGGGUUCCAUUUGGACCAAUCAGAGCUGCUCUGCAAGAAAGGAUGUGGUUUUUAUGGCAACACAGGCUGGCGAGGCCUGUGCUCAAAGUGUUGGCGAGAAGAAAAUCAGCGAGAGAAGCAAAAGCAGAUUCAAGAAGACUGGGCUCUUGCUGAGAGGCUGCAGAGAGAGGAAGAGGAAGCAUAUGCAAGCAGACACCAGAGGACCCAAUCACAACCUACAAUCACACCUUUCUGCAAGUUUGAAGAAAGAAAGACAAAGGAAAAGUCCAGCAAAGUCAACACUGUAACAAAGUUUUUCACUCCGUCCUCAAAAACACCACCAAAAAAAGAUGCUACUUCUUUUGACACCCAGUCCAGCCCAAGUCCCAGCUCCUCAGCAAGCCGACACUCCUCUUUGGACAGUGACCAUGCGACACGAGACUUUAUUGAUUUUCUCAAACCUUUGAAGUCUGGAAGAGAAAUAUUCAAGCAGUGUCGGGCUUUUACUGAGAGCAUGGUGUAUAAGCGGGAAAUGGGAGCUGAUGACCUAUCUGAGUGUGUGCAGGACUUCUACCAAAACCUCUCAGACCGCCUUCAGACUCAGUUCAAAGGUUCAGAUCAAGUAGAGGGUGUCAUGGAUGAAGUAGAGAAGUACAUGAUGACUCGUCUCUACAAAGAGGCCUUUUGUCCUGAAACCACAGAUGAUGAGAAGAAAGAUCUGGCCAUUCAGAAGAGAAUCAGAGAUUUGCACUGGGUCACUAUUGAGAUGCUGUGUGUUCCUGUAGAUGAGGAGAUCCCAGAAGUCUCUGAUAGUGUAGUCAAAGCAAUCACUGAUGUGAUUGAAAUGGAUUCAAAGCGUGUGCCCAAGGACAAGUUGGCCUGCAUAACUCGUUGCAGCAAGCACAUCUUCAAUGCCAUCAAAGUGAGCAAGAAAGAAGCUGCGUCUGCAGAUGAUUUUCUCCCCACACUCAUUUAUAUUGUACUGAAAGCAAACCCUCCACGGCUGCACUCCAACAUCCAGUACAUCACCCGUUUCUGCAACCCCAGCAGACUCAUGACUGGCGAGGAUGGGUAUUACUUCACUAACCUGUGCUGUGCUGUCGCCUUUAUCGAGAAGCUGGAUGGCCAAUCUCUGAACCUUAGCUCUGAGGAGUUUGAACUCUACAUGUCGGGUCAAGCAUCCCCCAAUUGGCCACCAUCUGCUGGUGCUUCUUCCUGCUCCCCAGGCAGUGCAGCUCUCACUCAGGUCCACAAACGUCUGGACCUGUUAACUGGGCUCGGCAAAAGACAGGAGCUCGUCAUAGAGAAGGCUCGCCAGCUGGAGAGUGACCUCAUCGACUGGACAGAUGAAGUGGAGCAGAAGGUGCAGAGUGUUCUGGAAAGCUUUCCAGCAGAGACACAAAACCCUGCUGCAGCCACAGCUAGUGGGACAACAUCUGCAGCAUCAUCAGCAAUAGACUCUGAUAACGUUGAGAACGAGCUACUGCCCCCACCGCUGCAACCUCAAGUAUUUGCCGGCUGAAAUGAACAUUUCUGUUCUACCGUGUAAGCUUUACUCCAUGCUUCUUCUUUUUCCUGCUGUUAAACUUGACAGCAGCUUCUUGAUCUGGAACCCAUUUCCAACCAUCCUCUCCGUCUAAAACUUUCUCAUCACUAUGUUAUGUCUUGUUUUAGUUUGGUACCAAAACUGAAGCUACAACUGACAUCUUGCUUCAUAUUAUUAAGCUAUAGAGAAGGUUAUAGGUGAAUUUUCUCACCUGUGGAUGAAACAAAUUAGUCUGUUUGACUUGAAUAUCCACCUUAAUGUGUAGCUAAACAGACCAUCUUUUGCCUGUUAAUAUUUCACCUACAGUCUAUGAGGUGGCGUGAUUUUACCAUCAAAUUCCACAUGAUAAAGCAAAUAACUGCAAUCUUAAGAUUUUGUUGAACUAUUUCUUUAAUAUGUGGCAACAUGAGGGUUUAUUUCAACAUCCAGGAAGCAGCAUCAUGCGCUGACCAUCAAAUGUGGCUCCUUUUGAUUGCAAAGGAAAACAGUAACUCCACUCUAAGCUCUUCCAAGACACAGUUUGUCACAACGGCAUCUUCAGUACCUCACUGCUUAUUUUUAUUUUUAUCAUUGUUACAUUUAGGAUUGAUGAUUGGGUGUAAUUACAGUCAUAGGUCUAAGUUGGCAUGAGGAACUUUACUGGCAAGAAAGAUCUAAAAGAUUAACAGAAAUCGCCUUUUGAUUAUGUUUUUAGAGGAUAAAAAACAGACACAGCAUAAAAUUGGGAAAUAUGAAUUAAGUAGAACUGGACUUUCCCUCACUAAAAUUAAGCUUCAGCUUAUGCUCAUGAUUUGUGCUGUUUUUAGAGUGUAUUUCCCGGUCUAAUGGAGAAGUAGCCGGAGAGAAAGUUUGUGUGAGUGUAUGGUGAAUGUGCAUGUAUGUUGCAUGCAUUUAUUCAGCUAAUGUUGAUAAAUCAAGAAGUCCUCCAGAUGUGCGUACAGAUAUUGUUGUAAUCCUAGUCAUAAGCUGGAUAUACAGAUCUCGUUUUAUUUUUUUAUGAAGAUGUCUGUUCUUCUGGAUGACAUAAACCUGUAAUAUUUACAGUGGUGAAGAAUAUUUUUUAGUAGCACGUCUACUACACAAACAAUUUUAGGUCAAUCAUAUUAGUAUCCUUUGUGCUCUUGCUGAAUUAAAUAGACCACACAAAAAAGGCAUAAAUCUUACUUCCAAGGCUCCAGUUGCUUGUGAAGAGGCAUAUUUGUUUUUAAGGACUUUUCUUUAAAUCUCAUCCAGACUAAAGUCAUGUUUUUACAAGUUGAAAAGAUGAAGAUUAACUGGUGAAACCUGAUUAUUCUGGCAAUCUUAUAAUGAAGCAAGGGGGUUUUGUGUGUGUGUGUGUGUGUGUGUGUGUUAUGCUGGAGGUAAAUUGUUAUUACCCAAAAUAUUGUCAGUGGGUAAGUAAAGUUAAUUUUUUGUUUGUUGAAAGGGUUUUAAUACAAAUUCACCUGUAGCUUGAACAACCUUUUGUUGCACUGUAUGCAGAAGUUAUUUAUCAGGUAUUUUAAAACAUCUUUGUUACAUUAUUGGCUUGUUUUUGUCUCCCAUUGGAGAAAUGAACUCGAUACAACUCAAUUCUGUCUUUUAUUUAAAAUGUAACUUAUUGAAAAAGUAUUGGUAUAAUUUGAUCUGGAGGUUUACGAUGAAUAAUAAAGAUGAAUGAUGCACUUGGA